AUGCCGUUACCAUUUUGUCCUAAGGGCAUGUCGUUGAAGUCGAAGUUCUUUACUCUGAUUAUUGUGGUCAUAAUAUUCUACAUGAUCUCAUCGUUUACUUUGUUUCAACAUAAGAUAUCAAACAAAAAUGCGAUACGCAACAUAAAGCAAUUGAAGUUGGAUAAUGUUGUAGUACAUUUGGAUUUGAAAGGAUCUCCGCCUAAAUUGAGUUAUCUUAAGACAUUAUUACCAAAGCUACGGGAUCUCGGUGUUACUGGACUGUUGAUAGAGUACGAGGAUAUGUUUCCAUAUGAUGGUAAAUUGUUGAACUUAAGUGCAAGGAACUGCUAUAAAAAACCUGAGUUACAGGAAUUUCUGUCGCUAGCUGUACGAGUUGGCUUCGAUAUAAUUCCAUUGGUCCAAACAUUUGGACAUAUGGAAUACGCAUUGAAACUACCAGAAUUCCAGCAUUUGAGAGAGCUACCAGGGUAUCCUGACUCUCUCUGUCCAAGUAAACAUGAAAGUCGAAUGUUUGUCGAGGAGAUGUUAGAACAGAUUGUUAAGUUUCAUGGAAAAAUAACUCCAUUAAAAUAUUUACAUAUUGGCUGCGAUGAGGUAUUUCAUAUAAACAAAUGUAAGCACUGCUUAGAAAAAAAACUGAAAAACAUGGAUAUCUAUUUAAGUCAUGUUCGUGGGGUAACAGAUUAUAUAAAGGCUAUCAGUCCAGAAACAGAAAUUCUAGCUUGGGAUGACAUGUUUCGGGGUAUCCCAGUAAGCCUAUGGAAUACAACUCAUCAUCCUGAUAUUGAUCUCGUAUACUGGGAUUACACCCCUGGCAUAACAACUGUUUCUCACGUAAACCUAAUGAAGUAUCAUAAAACGAUUAAAAAUAUUUGGAUAGCUUCAGCCUUUAAAGGUGCAGAUGGCCGGACAGCUACAUACCCGGAUCUAAGAAACAGGUUUUCAAAUCACUUCAGUUGGACGAACCUUAUCCUGGACUAUACAUUUGGUGGGGAAAGUGAAAUUUAUAACUUUAAAGGCAUAAUCCUCACAGGCUGGUCUCGAUAUAGCCACAUGGAUCCCCCUUGCGAACUUUUACCUGUUGCUAUACCAAGUUUAUAUUUAAAUUUGCUCUUAAUAAAACAGUUUAAAAAAGGAGUGGAAAGUAAUAAACGACUUGAUUUAAAUACAUUUUUUGUUAUAUAUAUGAAGAAGGACUUAGCUGAAAACUUACAUUGUGGUGAAACUAACGACAUUGAUUAUUUCGAUACUUAUCACUGUUAUUUUGAUGGAAAUGAACUUAAUCAACUUCUAAAGCAUUGGGAUACCAUUGAAACCAAUAUUUUAUAUACAAUAAAUAAAGUUGAGAGUAGUUUGUCCACCAUUGAUUAUUAUUCAAAAACAAAAAAUAUAAAUAUGAACAUGUUACUUGACAGCUUGAACUGGUAUAAGGAAUCCAUGAAAGAAAUUAUGAAUAUGAAGAAAAGAAUGAUAAAAUUCUUCUCCCGUUAUUAUGAUGACUAUUUCGUAGAAGAGUAUACUAAUUUAAAGUUACAUAAUACAAAGAAGAUAUUAGAUAAUAUAGCUAAGCAUUUAAAAAAUAUGUUAUCGGUACGAAACUGGGAUCGUAGACCGUAUAAG